AUCAUGGCCAAAGAGCCGGAGUGCCCACCAAAUUGGCCUACGGAGUGCCAUGCUAGAGGAUGUUGCGGUAAGAUGGGGGUGCCUACUGUUCAUUCCAAACAUGGCGUGUGGGUUGGCUCAUGUGAUGGCUAUGUUUCAUACACAGCAUCAGGCACAAGGCGCCGCAGUCACCAUGAAAUCGUCUAUCUUGGUGGCAGUUGGCACACGACCACUUGUUUGAGCAAGACUUUGAAGGAGCAUGACCAUGCAAAGGAGCAACUUAAGGGAAAGACUUUGAAGGAGCAUCCUAAGGAGAAGCCAAUCGAAGAAUGCACCUUGGCGGAGGUGGCCCUGAAGGACAAGGCCAAGUCCAAUUCCAUGAGCAGUUCCGGACAGACAAUGGUCGCUGAUCCUACUCUGGCAGCUUUGCUGGCACCUAAUGCUCCGGAUUCAUCGGAAACAACGCCCAGUGAAGACAUCAGUGCCGCCGCAGCGAGUGAUGCCGCAGUUCCCAAAGUUGAUGUCGAGGCGGAGCCCCAAAGCUCUCAGCAUGGAAAGGCCGUCGUGGAUCAGCAGGUGGAGGGAAGUUCAAAGACCACAACCCCUGUGAAGCAGACCUCAGCACCAAAGCGUGCAGCUCCAGGAAGUGACGCAAGCCCGGAAACACCAGACAACAAGAUGGCCAAGCCGUACUUUGGUGGCAACCAGACGAGGGCCCAGGAAUGUGUUAUAUGUGAAAGGCCGCGGGAUCGAGACCAACGGGGCCGGGCCUGCCCCACAUGCCAGAGCAUCAUGCGCGGGCGAGGUCAGCGUUCUAUCGAGGUGGUGUUGGCUGACAAAGACUUGUGCAAAGUUAUCCGGGAGCAGUCUUUGGAAGCAAAGCCCAUUGACAAUCCUGAUGAUAGCGACGCGCAAGUCCAGAUCGACCAGAUCGAAAAACUCCUCAAAAAUCUCAAGCGUCUCAAGCGAAUGUCCAAAUGAUACUUUUUACAUGGCUUGAUGCUUUCUUAGGGUUGGAAGUCAAGCAGAGCCAGAACGGCAUAGCUUGCAAUGAACACGGUUCGGGGAAUGCUGUGGACGACAAACUGAGAAAAA